AUGUCGCCGCCAUCUCACCAGUCCGUUGAACAACCCCUGUCUUCAGGUUCGACGUCUCCUCAGCUGACUCCGCUGCGGUUGGCCACCCCUGCUCCUGAUGACAACGAUUACACUAGUAUUGAACCAGACGCAACCGAGCCUGACCAAGCCGAACCUCUCCGGCUGACUACCUCGCCGAACCUGCUGGCUUUUCGGUCGGAUCUGAUGAUGCCCCGGCGGACGAUGCCUCUUCUGCCGAUGCUGAUCCUGCCGAUGCUGACGUGGUAA